AUGUUGUUUCUGACAUUCCCAUGCGCAUCACUUCUUAAAGUUUAUUUUGUAGUUCCACUAAAAGCAGUUGAAAUCCAAGUGUCAAUCCAUGGGUUUAUUGCUAACGUUAAGUCAGUACUCCAUUACAUAAACGACAGUGACAAUAACACAGAGACAGAGUUUGUUUUUCCAUUGCACACUGACUCAGCAGUUUAUAAGUUUGAGGCCGAAAUAGACGAGAGGACUAUAGUAGCAGAGGUCUGCGACAAGUCACAGGCGAAAGUGAUAUACCAAGAUGCUGUCCAUUCGGGUUAUACCGCCAUGUACAUGGCAGAAGAUGAUGAAGCUGGCGACGUCUUUCGUUUAAGACUUGGGAAUCUUCCAGCCAAGACAGCAGCCAAGCUGACGUUUGCUUAUGUACAAGAGCUGGAGUUAAACGCUGAUCAAACCGGAACUUUUAUGCUUCCAACUGUCCUCAACCCACGAUACCGGACUGUAGUAACACCAACAGAAGGAUCAAAUGGAGAGGAAUCGCAAGAAGAGGAUACAGAACCGGUUAUAUUUCAGUCUGAUGUUGAUGUAGCAUAUUAUUCCGAUUUUUCAAUUAAAUUAAAUGCUGAAAUUGUUGGAGGGGAAAAUAUGAAAGUGUUUGAAAACAAAAUGGAAUUCGACAUGUAUACUGAGGCAACGGAGAAGAUGACAUCAACAAAACAACUGAAGCAUGGAUCUAACUUUUUACUGCUCUUAAAUUACAAAGGAUUCAAUAGUCCAAGAGCAAUCAUUGAGAAGGGCAACAAAGAUGACCAAAAUGCAUUUAUGUCAUCAGAUGUUUUGAUGCUCAAUUUCUCACCAGAAUUCAAAGAACUAGAAACAGAAAUACCAUGUGAAUUUGUCUUUGUUAUUGAUCGAUCAGGCUCAAUGGGCGGGGAUCGUAUGAAAAAAGCAAAAGAAGCUUUAUUGCUGCUCUUGAAAUCUCUCCCUGUUGACUGUUUAUUUAACGUCGUCAGUUUUGGAUCCGACUUUUCAUUUUUAUUUGCAAAGAGUAAGCAGUACAAUGAGGAGAACCUUGAAGAAGCUUUAAAUCUGCAAAAGAAAAUGGAUGCAAAUAUGGGAGGAACAGAGAUUUUUAAGCCUCUUGAACGUGUCUUUAGAAGUAAACCAAUAGAUUCGUAUGCAAGACAGAUAUUUUUGCUAACAGAUGGAGAAGUUAGCAAUGUUUCAAAAAUCGUUGACCUGGUAAGGAGACAGAAAAAUACAAGGGUUUUUACGUUUGGUAUUGGAUACGGUUGCUCAACAGAACUUGUUAAAGAGGUGGCAAGAGCUAGUCAAGGAAAAGCAACUUUUGUUACAGAUAAUGACAGACUGCAGUCUGAGGUUAUUUCUGCUCUGAAAUGCAGUCUACAAAGUGCAAUUACCGAUGUGUCAUUAACUUGGAACCUUCCAAAAAAUUGCUUAGUCAUCAAUUCCCCAGGAGAAGUCCCCGUUGUUUUCCAUGGAGAGAAACUCAUUUUGUAUGCAAUUAUUUCAGGAGAAAUACCAGAGGGUGAUUUCGGUGGAACUUCUUUGAAGAUGGUUGGGAAAGCUGGUGAGAACUCCGUUGAGUUUUCAGUAGACUUUGAUAUGAAUCUUAGCAGAUCAAGAGACACUAUUGAUAAUUCCUAUCCGCUUCACAGACUUGCUGCUAAGACCAAAUUGUCAGAGAUGGAGAUGAACAGAAGUGACAAGAACAUAAUAGUAGCACUAAGCACGGCGCUUAAUGUUACGUGCAAAUAUACAGCGUUUAUUGGCGUUAACAAAACUAGAAGAGAAUCUGAAUCAACAGAGAAAAACACAGAUACUUCAUGUGAAACUGAGGUCCCUGGAUCAUUGGAAGAUGAUUCGUUUGACCUGAGUGACCUUGAUAUGCCAAAGGCAAAAUCUAGCACUAUGCCAGGAAUUGGGAGAAGAUUUGCAAACUUCUGUGCAAGUCUUCUACCAUCGAGAUCAAAGAAAUCAAUUAGCAGAAACUCAUCACAAUCCCAUAGAAAUAAGAGAACGUUUCACUGUUUAUCAUCUCGUCCAUAUGAACUAAAGUGCAGUGGACUUUUUGAUGACCUUUCUGGACACGUAGUACCCGACUCUUUGGAUGUCAUGUGUUCUGCAAGCUUGUCGGAUGAUUUACCGGAUGAAACUGACGAAGAGGACUGUGCAAGUCUAAGUGAUUUAAGAAGAGAUUUAAUAAGUGGUACAUUUGUGCUUAUGUAUCGCAACAAAUCAAGCAUCAAUCUUUGAAGAUAAUUUUUAC